AUUGAGAGAAAACAAGAGUUUCAAUCAAGUAUACAACAAGAAAACAAAGAAGAAAAUGAUUCGUUACGUGAAUCUCGUCUUCCUUGUGUUCUCAGCAACUUUGAUUUCUUACGGCUUCGCAUUCACCAAUCCAUUUGACGUUACAGCCCUCCAGGAUCUAUACAGGAGCUUAAACAACCCUCAAGGGCUACACGGAUGGAACGGUGGUGAUCCUUGUGAGGAGUAUUGGACAGGAGUAGCUUGUUCUGACUCCUCAGUUAUACAUCUCAAAAUUCAAGGAUUGAACCUUACCGGAUAUCUUGGAUCCUCGCUGUAUAAUCUACAAAAUUUGAAGAUAUUUGAUAUCAGUUCCAACAGCAUAAUGGGUGAAAUACCAUACGAAUUACCUCCAAAUGCCACACAUAUAAACAUGGCUUGCAACUAUUUGAGCCAAAAUAUCCCUCAUUCAUUAUCAAACAUGAAAAAACUAAGACAUCUGUGAGUUACAUUCAUAUUGAUUUGAUUCCAAGCUUGAAAGGGG